UUUUAACUUUUUCCGUCCAAAUUUAACUAUAUGUUAUUUAAAUAGAUACCUAGGUACUAGUAAAAUCUCCUGCAUCGAGUAGCCGUCAUUGUAGGUAAUUAUGUUGCACCUAGACUUUUACUGUAUUCGGAGCGUGUGUUUAACCACGUCACAUGCAAGCAUGUAAUCAUACAUGUGUCUACGAGGUCGCGUUAAGACCCUGGGGAAGAUAAGCAUCGGGUUUUCUGUGUUACACAGACCAAGCAGUGAUGCACCGUAGAAAAGCACAUAUGGAUGUGAGUCUCAAAUAUUUGUUAAUUUAAUGAACACAAUCGCACUUAGUACAUUGUUGUAUUGUAAAAGCGUUCACAAAGAAGUUAUGUAAUUUUCAAAACAAUAGAAUCUCGCCUCACAGCUAUUUUUGUAGUGGGCGUUUCUUAUUUAAGUCAAUGAUAAAACAUCAGGUGUUAGGAUUACAAAAAAGGAAAUAGUUAUUGUAUUAUUUUAAUUUUAAAGUUAUGUGAAGCUAAAGGCAUAAACUUUACGGCGCGCGGUGUUGGCUAAUAUUGUUUAUAUUCAAGUCAUAUUUCUAUAGUUUUGCUUGUCACGGUGCGCGGCAGAGCUCACUUCGCUACCUACCUAGAUUGCUAUUAAACACUCUUUCUGCGCCGCCCUAUUGUCCUGCGAUAGAUGGCGAUAAAACACUCUCUACGUGAUGGAAUUUUUAUGUUUCCGAUCCCUUCACGCGGCUAACAUUAUGACAUUAAACAUUUUACUUUUUUACUUAGGCAUUCCAAUCGUAUUAUGCUAGAUCGUCUUUAAUUUAUUAGUGUGUACAUGAUUAGGUUGCAGUUAGCGUGUUUCACGUGAUGCGCGAGAUCGGUAUAAAGCGGGUAUAAUGCUAUUUUAAUUAGUAAUUUAUCGGCUCACAGUUCCUUUUGAUAACGGAUAACGAACAUAAUGUUUCAGUGGAGCGUCGCGUUGCCUGCGCCCGCGCCGCCUGCUUCGCUGUCUGCCUCAUGUGCACUGGUAUGAGAGCAAAAGGCGCGUGCGAACUGGCGCGAUGGUUGCGUGAUCGGUCAUCAUGCGCCUCUUCCGCGGGCCGAAGCGCAGGGAAGUGACCGGGCCGCGAGCCGUCGCGACGCCGUCUCCGCGCAGAGACGCCGACGCCGCCGACGUCGCCAGCACCUCGCCGCACAUAUCACACGACUUCACGCUCGUAACUGCAUUACCAGCCAUGGUUAUGGAGGAUGAUGUCAAGGAGAUGAAGAAAGUGUUCGCUACGUGGGGUCGCCGUAUGGGAAAAAAGCUUGAGAUGUUGAAGAAAACUGAUGUCAAAGAAACGACACAAGAAGCAUCUUCUAAUGAAGAUUUAAAAGUAGAAUCUGAAGCUGUACUUGCCAGUCAGUAUAAGAAGAAGCAGCAUUGGAAGAUGGGGCGGAGUAGUUCCGAUUCAACUUCAUUAAAAAGAGAUACCGACACCGAAUCAAUAAGAAGUGGAUCCAGAGAUAGAUCACCUAGUCCUUUUAAAUCAUUUUUUCACAGAAUGGGGUCUACAGGGAUGCUUAAUUCAGCUAAAUCGCAAUCCCUUAACAUGCACAGAACUUCUGAAAACUAUCCUGUAGCAAACGGUCCUUCUCUAUAUCGUAGUUGUUCCACUUCUCAUCUAUCGACUUAUGUCAAAGCUGAUGACCCAUCGGAUGACAUAGAUUUACAAAGUACUGGCAAUGAGAAUAAAACUUCACCGAAAAAACUUAACAACGUUCUACCUGAAGAAACUUUGGUGGCGUCUUCUACUAAAGCUAUUAGCUGUGACAAUAUUCCAAAUUUAAACGAAGGGCAAAAUAAUGGCGCUUCAAAAAAGCCCAACUUCCCCUACGCAUUUCUACGAUCGAAACUUUCAGUUUUACCCGAAGAGAAUAGCAUGGCAUCGCAGCAAAGAACGAGCUCCGUCAGACAAAGUUUAUCGGAAAGAUUAGAUAGAAAAUCUCCGAGUUAUCACAAAGACCGAAUUUGUUUUACGAACUCACGAUCCGAAGAACGAUAUCAAAGUAGUGAUAGCAUAUCCAUUCAUGAAGAAAACCAAUUAUAUAACAAUGCAUUGAGAAGAGAUUAUGAUUUUUCACGCAGUUCUAUGAGAAGUAUCAAUGAAAUUGACGGCAGUAUAUACCCAGUUGCACGCAAUGAAGACUCACUACGCAGGUCAUCUAUGAUAUCUCAAAAGCCGCCUUUAGAUUACGAUCCCAUGCUUAUACCACGAAACAGAAAUAGUUUACCUGUAUACGAAUAUAGUUCGGUGCUCGGUUCACUGCGUGACAUAAAAACUGAAAUCACAUCAUCAAGCCAAAGUAUACAUAAUGCAGAAGUGCAAGGUCAUCGCCUAAGUAAUUAUGUAAGUUCUAACGAGUCUGGGUAUGAUAGUGAUGGUCGACCCACCGAUGAACACAGUAACCAUUCUCCUCCAGGAUACACUUCCAACUUCAAUAAUGGGGCUCGAAGAAACCCGAUUGAUUUAAAUUUUGAAGGUAGUCAUGGAAAUUUUACAAGACAAUUUAGUUUGAAUCACAAAAUCAGUAUAGGCCGAGUACAAGUACCAGCUCGACGAAGUUCUACUCCUUGUGCACUUUUUCCGGUGGAAAAAAAUUGUCCAUAUGAUUAUGGUAACGAAAACAGGGAUAACAGCCAUAAAUUUCCAAGUGAUAACGAAAAACAUCAUACUAUGUUUGACCAUAUAGAGACCAAACCACCACCACUUCCAAAAAAAUCUAUAAACAAUAAAAAACAGCCCUAUGUGUACAAGACUAUAACAUUAGAUGAAAGGGUACAGACAAGAAAAAUAAAAUUUCUACAUUCGCAACUACUGCCAAUGGAACAUUCGACUAAUUCUAAUCAAGAUAGCAAUAUUGUAGCUGAGUCCCAAGCUUCUAUGCAACAAGCUCCUGAAAUAGAUAUUUUAGGGAGGGGACCUUGCACCAAACGUUUUAGGAAAAUAAGAUUAUUGAAAUCAAGAUUAGACGAAAGUCUCGGUGUUUACCUAGCACAACAUAGGGUAGAUUUUGAUAGUAGCGGUUCAAAUUAUGAAAUACGAUACAUAGUAGUAAAAUUGGAUUUUGAUGGAAUAGCUCACCGAGAUGGAAGGCUACGAAUAGGUGAUGAAAUAGUCAAUGUGAACGGCAGAGUGUUGAGGGGGUUGUCUUCUCUAAGAGAAGUGCAACAUAUAGUAAAUUCUUGUUCAACUGAAGCUACUAUCGAAGAUGGGGCAUUAUUUCAAAGAUAUCAAGUCGACCUUGUAAUGGCACAUGAUGAAAUAACUCCAAUAACAUUAAGUAGAAUUAUAAACAAUCAAUCAUUAGAACAGAACUCUGUUUCACUUCCGUCGUCAAACGUUCCUCCCGAUAUUAUAUCACAAACAGUACAUAAGCCGUCACCAUCUAACCAAAUUACAAUUGAAACUCACUUCCCCACUGAAAACCAAUUCUACAGCAACAACAUUAACAAUAGAACCAAAGAUAAUUUAUCAGAACAGAUCAACUUCGAACCAAAUACCAGUAGAAACGAUCUACACAAAAAAUUUGAAGUUGGUAUCCAAGUCAACAAUGGCCCUAUACAUUCAAACCAAAAAAGUGACGAUGAAAAACUAUUGGAGAGGCAUUGUUAUUCGCAAUCAGCAUCUUUACAGAACAUUACUAAUAUUGAAAUUUCAUUAAGGUCGUCGCCAACACCACGAUCAAGCCAGGGUAAUAACUAUAGGCCAAUAUCCUUCCACAGUUCAAGGCCUCCACCGGCUCCUAUGCCUUACUCUGUCUAUAAUGAUAACUCGAGCAAUGAAAUCAAAGAAAACUUUUCUCAUUAUGUAAAACAUGUGCCAAGGUUGUACCAAAACAGAUCAUACGAAAGUAUUCCUGACCAGUUAAGAAACAGCAGUAGGAAUAGAUUCUUUAACAGAGUCGGGUCACAGCGCCUCAAUCCUGGUCCGCACGUAUCGAGAUUACACGAGCAUUCGUCAGCAAUACAGCAAGACCAUCAACAUGGAGUGAAUUAUGCACACAGUUCAUUACAUAAAGCUGAAUUCUGGAAGGGUCCCGGACACAAAAGUCUUGGCUUCAGUAUAGUGGGAGGAACUGACUCUCCCAAGGGACAAAUGGGUAUAUUUGUUAAAACAGUAUUUCCGAACGGCCAAGCAGCUGACAAGGGUACUAUUUUUGAAGGUGAUGAGAUCUUGUCAGUUAACAAUGUGCCGACACGUGGACUUAGCCAUGCUGGGGCCAUAUCGCUUUUCAAACAAGUUAAAGAAGGAAAAAUAGAACUGACGCUUUCAAGAAGAAGAGCACCUAGGUCAAGAUCCGUGGAACCCCUGGGCAAUUUUCGCGGCGAUAUAAAAAGAGACUAAUGUUAUGUAAAACGAAAACGAUUAAUAGUUUUAUCGAGUGCAAUAAUAAUUAUUUUUUAUUUUAGCCAAAGGCAAAACUUAUAAUUAUGCUUGUUUUACAAGACACGUUUUAACUAUCGUAAUUAUUAAGUGUGGCCGAAAUGAUUUAAUGUGUAAUAAGAUAUAACAAUAUGUAAAAUAUUGAUUUUUGGUAUAUGUGCAAGUCCAUAGGAAAUGUUUUAUCAGUGUCACCAAUGUAUGAAUGUCAUUUUAGAAUAACACAUUCAUUAUAAUUACAAUUAAUGACAUGUAUUCUGUGUAUUAAGUCUUGUAAUUUAUGCUAAAGCUUUGUUUAAUAAGACUGUAUGUAUAGCUAUAAAUAAUUUAAUAUUUUUGUUGUAUCUGUUAAAUGAUAGCUAUUGUUAAAGUAUAUUAGGAAUGCUAGAUCUCGUUAUUCGCUGUAACUUGUAUAUACUAGUAGUCAUAGAACAUUUUUGUUAUGAUGUUAUCUAUCUAUGAAGACUAGAUUUCCUUAACAACAUCUACAUGACAAUUAAUUUACAGCCAAUCAGACUGAUAUUAUUUUUAAAUAAUGAUUUGAGUACCUAUGUUUCUGCCAAAGCUUUAGACUUAUAGAGAACCUUCGAAGACUAAACUUUGCAAAACGAGAAUGAAAUACCGUUAAUUUAUUCUUUAUCAUUAAACCUCUUUUUAUUGUCAACAGCUAUCCAGCUUUGUAGCUCAUAGAAUAGAUUUGUCUUUGGAAGCCUGCUUCCGGGCACAAAUAAUGUAGCGAUUUUUAAAAACUUGUGAUGAAAUUUGUAAAACCACAGCGAAUUUACUCCGUCCACAGAGAUUACAUGAGUCAAUCGUUUUCUGAUUCCAUUGAGUUACGUUUUGUAUAGUUACGCAGAUUCAGCAGAAAAUGUCAUGUUUGCCUAAAGGUACUAAAAAUGUUUUCAUAAUAGUCAAUAAUAGCUCAUCGAGUUUGACUUUACAUCUUAACGUAAUCCAUCCAUCCACACUACUGUUUGUUACAUGUGAUGUAAAUAAAUUGCGAUACCUCGAUGCUUUUGAAAUUAUACACAGAUAUGAUAAUAA